AUGUUUAUUUAUAGCUUGGAAAUUUCGGAAGCGACUGGGGCGGAUUGUCUGCUAUAUCUGAAGAGUUCUGGUGGAACCAAGUAUGUUUAUAAGUCCCCAUCAGUGGAGUUUGAUAAGGAAAAUCUACGUCGCCCAGGUAAAGAGAAGGAAGAAGGAACAACCCAACCUACUGACAACGAGGAGACACCAGGACCAUCCUUCUGCUUCUCACCAAAGAGGAAGACUUCUGCCCAAACACAAACAGCAGAGUCUUCCUUUUCCAGUGUAACUGACACUAUCCUUUGCCGCAAAUGCGGCGAAGGGAGGAAGGAGACUAAGGCCAUGUGGGCUGUUCCCAUGUUGUUAAUCUUGGCAGGGUCAAACAGACCUGCAAUACUGGGUACAUGCUUUACGCAUUGGAAUCACCGUGACAUCUAA